GACACGCUACCCGCGCAUAUGCGCCCGGCACUCGCAGCCCAGAGUAAGCCCGAGUGACGCCGGCGCAGGGCGCAGCCCCUCCGGGGAGGAGCUGGCGGCGGCGGCGGCGGGGAGGAGGUGCCACGGGCGGAGCAGAGCCGAGGGUGGCGGGGGCAGCGCGGCGCGGCGCGGCGCGGUGGGGGAGCGGCGGAGCGGCGAGAUGCGGCAGUGCCGGGCCGCGGGGCUGGCCGCGGUGCUCCUGGCAGUGGCUGUGAGCAGAGCUCAGGUGCAGCAGGAGCCGGCGGCAGAGACAACUGAGGACACCGGCAUCAACAUCACCUGCUCACACCCCAGCAUACAGUCCGAAAAGUACAUCCACUGGUACCGCCAGCUCCAGGGCCGAGGACCCGCAUUCCUCGUCAGCGCCGUUAAAGGCUCCAAGGAGGUGCCGGACCCGGAGGGGCAGGUGUCGGUGUCGGCAGAUCGCCGCUCCAGCGCCCUGUGGCUCGCCCGGCCCCGGCUCGGCGACGCGGCCGUGUAUUACUGCGCCGUGGACCCACGGGAAGCGAAGCCGGGGCUGCGGCCGGGCACGAACCGUUUUGGGCGGGGCGGGGGCACAGUGCCGUCCGGGCCCGAAGGGGGCGCUGCCUGCAUGGCCGCCAAACUCCAUCCUGACCAGGGUGCACCUCCCUGAGUUCUCGAGAAAAAUGAGCACGGCACACACAGCAGCCAUUGACUGAAGCCAAUGUGAGUCAGGCGCAGCUGGGUCUGUGUCAGGACUGCACACCAUGUGAGUGUGGGGAACAGCAGGACUGACUGCAAGGGCUGUGUUUGACACCCGAGGGACAUUCUCACAAUUCUAUUCCAUCUUCUAUCCUCUCCUCCUUCCCCAGUGCAGCACAUAUAAGAACCUGGAAGGAGAGGGGCCUAAAACCAGAACAUCAGCAAUGUGCUAAGUGAGAAAACUAAUUGAGGAAAUUUCCUAGUGGAAUGCAAGGUAACACAAUACAUUAUCAUUGGAAUGGAAGUGAAUAAAUCAAAUAAAUGAAAGAAAGAGAGUGCCCAUAAACAAAAGGCCUUUCUCUAAUGCUGAAGGGGAGAUGGCUAGGGUGCACACACCACAGAGGUGACCAGAAA